AUGUGCUAGCUUGGCUACCUCUUUUAGUCGCAAAAUGGCGCUUAAAUUGACAAUACUGUGUUUAUGUGUGUGCGGUGUUUACAAUUUGAAAUUGGAGAAAGCACUGAUAUUCAGUCGCCAUAAUAUUCGAGAGCCGGUGACUGAUAAUAACUUGAAGGAGAUCGUUGACAUUUGGCCAGCGUCAACAUACACGGGACAGUUGACACCCAAAGGAGCGAAUUUAGAAAAACAUAUGGGCGAAUAUAUUGGCAACUGGCUCAAAACGAAAAAACUGGUACCGAACUGCCCGAGUGACGAUUCUGUUUAUAUUUACGCUAACACACUACAAAGGACCACAGAAACGGCUAAAGCUUUCGUUGACGGCGCGUUCCCGAAUUGCGAUGUCAAAGUUCAUAGUAUUGAUCCAGACCAAAUGGACCCAGUUUUCAAUACCAGUUACAGAAACACACCACCCCAAACGAAGAAUCUCGUUGCGGAGGAAAUGGAAAAUAAUUUAAACAAACUCGACUUAAAAGGUGCGUAUGUGGAACUGGAUAAACUGCUGGAUAUAAGCGAUGCAUCCAUUUGUCAGGAGCAUCGAAUUUGCAGUUUCGCGAAUUCGAGUGACAAAAUUUGUUAUGAAAUUGGCAAGGAACCAGAACUGAUAGGACCUCUGAAAUAUGGAAAUGAAAUAGUCGACGCAUAUCUUAUGGCUUAUUACGAGGGUUUCGCGAUGGAAAGUGUUGGCGAUUUUGAGAAUUUGGAACGACUGCUGGGGGAAAUUUCACGAGCGAGUUUAAACGUUUUUUCCCAUAGUCCUUAUUUAGCUCGACUGGCGGCAAAAGUAUUGCUCGAUUAUAUUUGUGAUGAACUAUUGAGUGAUACGAAACUAGUACUCAUGGUGGGACACGAUACGAAUAUACAAUCACUGGUAGAUGCACUGGACAUCGAAGAGUUUACGCUUCCUGACCAAGUAGAAAAGACGCCGAUUGGAGGUAUCUGGCAUAACCACGAGAAUACGGUGGCGCUCGGCGCGCGGCGCGGCCGAUAG